CACUGCCCCCCAAGUGAGCUCACCUGACAUCAUUUCGCAGGAGUUGGGCGCAAAGCUUUAAAAAGCCCGAGGUCAGAAUGAACCAUCUUUUACUUCCAGGAUAUUUAAAACAAGCUUCCUAUAACUACCAUGACUAGAAGUAAGCAAAAUCUUUACCCUCUGCCUGUGGAAGAGUCGAGGCACUACCAAAGAAACGGUUUUCGAGACGCUCGAGGUCCCACCAAAAAGAGCGGACGUGGCCGUGGUAACUGGGGCGACUGGAAAACCGAAGAUCUUGACCACGAACUGGAAAUGGAAGUAGGCUCCUCAGACGAUUUGGAAGCGUUGGAAACACAGGAAAGUCAUUCAAGUGCUAUGGCUCCAAAAGUACAGAUCGUGGACGAAAGUAAUUUUGAAGAAAGGAAGAGCCAGCCAUAAGAGUCUGGAAAAACUACCGAUGAAAAGGGACCUGUACGUUCAUUUGCAAAUGGUGAACUACGCUAUGUUGCUUUUCUAUAAACUUGAACUUGAAUAUCCGUAAAUCUCUUAUGUUAAACGCGAAAUUCCAUAUGGAUCUUGCGAUCAAACGUUCCUUAUAAAGUUACCAAUAAACGCUGAAACAAAGUUGGAUCAUGAUCUCGCUCAUUAGUGUCUUCGCUCUUAGAGACGUAUUGGGGUAAGA